CAAAGCGUAAACAGACGGACGACACUGCUGCAGCAGUUCAGACAGUUUACUAGAACUGUAGUCUAGACACUUGAGCAACCUUUAUUUUUUAAUUGUCUGCUUUUCAAGAAGUAUAGAUGGCAGAGGCGAGGUGUGCCGUUCAUGAGCCCUCAGUGCCACACGCAUCGGAAGAGGAAUAUCAGAGGAAUAUUUACAAUGAAUGGCGAAGGUCGCUCGUCCGAAGGUUCUACCGAACAAGGAACCUGCUGUACAAUGGAAUGUGGCCGACCUCCAUCUGGAACCUGGCAGCCAUGGUGGUCAUCCUGACCAUAACCAUGGUAACAGACACCCAGCUGAUGAAGCCAGUCAACGAGAGGCUGUGGAAGGUCCAGCACAUGUUGUACAUCCCUAAAGGGCUUCCCCUGGUGGUGAAUGCAGUCAUCACUUCCUGUGUGGUGGGAUUUUGGUUCUUCCUCAUCAAGAUCUAUGUCCGUCGGUAUCUACUGCGGGGCCUCCUGUCUUACAGGGGGUGGAUGUAUGAACAGCCCAAAACCCAGUCUUUCAGCACGCUGAUAUGGGGAAUCCUAGUCAAGCUAAUCAGUGGGUAUAGCCCCAAGCUCUACAGCUGUCAAUCAUCCCUAGCUCGCAUGCCAGUCCCCGCCCUCAGAGAUACGCUGUCCAAGCUCCUCGAUUCGCUGGAGCCUCUCUAUGGCGAGGACAUUGGAAAGUGGAACAAGCUCAAGCAAGAUGCAGCUGACUUUGAGAGAGGUUAUGGCCCCAAGUUACAGCGGAUACUUGUGCUGAAGUCAUGGUGGUGCAACAAUUACGUAACUGAUUGGUGGGAGAAGUAUGUGUAUUUAUCCAGUCGUGGUCCUCUUCCAAUCAACAGUAACUACUACAUACUUGACCAAGAACACUGGACCCCAUCUCCCAUACAGACAGCUCGAAUCUCCAGCACAGUGUACAACCUGCUGAAGUUCAAACAGCUGAGGGACCGGGAGACUCUGAAGCCUCUCCUGAUCAGGAACACCAUCCCUGUGUGUAUGGCUCAGUAUGAGAAGAUGUUCUCUACCACCAGAAUUCCAGGUGAAGAAUGUGAUACCUUGUUGACCCAUAAUUCCACUGUAUCCAAGCACAUUGCUGUGUUCAGGAAGGGAGUUUUGUACAGGUGUGAAAUGUAUGACAAAAACGGCCGCCUUCUGACUCCAACUCUGAUCCAGAAACAACUGGACUGGAUCAUUAAUGAUGCAGACAAACAUGCUGACUCCUACUCCAGAGAAGAGAAGACAGUACCCAGCCUGACAGGACAGGAGAGAGCCAAGUGGUGUAAGAUCAGGGACAGGCACUUCAGUGAGGGGGUCAACAGGGAGACCAUGGACAUGAUAGAGAAGGCCAUGUUCUGUUUGACCUUGGAGACAGAGAUAUAUGAGACAAUGUCAGAAAGAGGGCAGUACCUUCUGUGUAAGAAUGACGGCAAGCUAUGGUAUGACAAGUGUUUUAAUCUGGUCUCAUUCCCGGAUGGAAGGAUGGGCUGUAACAGUGAACACAGUUAUGCCGACGCCCCCAUCAUCGCUCACCUGUUAGAGUACAACUAUACUGCAGAAGCCCUUGGCCAUUGUGGGUUCCAGAAGGAUGGGUCCCUGACCCCUGACCCCGAGGACUCUCAGUACAUCCUGUCCUUGCCCACCAGACAUAUAUGGGAGAUAACUCCGGACCUGCGAACAGCCAUAGUGGAAGCUGGAAAGUUCUGUCAAAUGAAUGCUGAUGACCUUGACCUUUGUCUAAGGGAGUUGACUGUUUAUGGAAAAGGGUUUAUGAAAUCCUGUAAAGUCAGUCCAGAUGCCUUUAUACAGAUGGCGCUCCAAGUGACCUACUUUAAGAAUGCUGGCAAGUUUGCGCUCACCUAUGAGUCGUCAAUGACUCGCCUCUAUCUCCAGGGCAGGACCGAGACAGUGAGAUCUCUCAGUAGCGACUCAGUGGCAUUUGUCAAGGCAUUUUUGGACAAGUCUGUACCGAAGGCAACCACGAUCAACCUUUUACGCCGCGCCUGUAACCGACAUCAGGACGCAUACCGCGACGCCAUGAGUGGGCAGGGCAUUGAUAGACACCUGUUUGCUUUGUAUGUCAUCAGCAAAGGGAUGGGAUAUGAUUGUGAGUUUCUGAAAGAAGCCCUGACAAUUCCCUGGACUCUCUCCACCAGCCAGCAACCUCAGCAACAGAUAGCAACUUCUCCUGACUGCAACCUGCCCCAGUACAGGCAUGCUCUCUGCCCAGGGGGUGGUUUUGGCCCAGUGUCUGACGACGGCUAUGGGGUGUCUUACAUGAUUCCUGGGGAUCACAAGGUAUUCUUCCAUGUGUCCUCCAAGAGAUCCACCCCGGGAACAGACUCGGUCAAAUUCAUGGACCAGCUGUUCGAGACGUUUGUAGAACUGAAGGAGUUGUUCAGCAAAGAUUGAUGCCAAGGGAAUCUUAGGAUAUAUAUAACUGAAAGAUAGUUAGGAAGUUAUUGGACAAUUUUGUCAGUGGUUGGUGAUAUCAAUACUUGUAUGAAUGUGUUUGUUUUACUGAAGGACUUGACCCCCAAUUUUUUUUUUUUUUUUUAGAUGCAUACAUGUACGUGUAUGUGAAUACUUACAAUGCUCAUGAUAAAAAAAAAUCUUUUGACAGGUUAACAGUCAACAGAUUGGAUAUUCUUGAUAUCAAUAUCUUGAAAUAUUUGAUAUCAGACUUACAAAGUUUAUGUAUUCAUUACUGAAAAUGUUUCACUUUUAUUUCUUAGAUACACAAAUCAAUCUUUUUAGUUGGUUGAUAUCAAGACAUAUCGUAUGUAUAUACAGUAUUUGUUAAAUUGGUUUCUGAAGAAUUUGACCAGUACCAUCUCCUUCAAGUACAUGUAAUAUGUGUUUACACUUACAAUGCUCAUGGAAUGAAUGUGUCUUUUUUACAUGUAUAUAUUCAAUGCACUAUAAAUGAAUUUUGUUUUCUUUAGUCAUCCGAGAACCGAUUUGUUGGAAGGAAAAAAAUAGGGCAGAACUAAAACAUUCAAUUUUUCAUUUCAUCUUCCAAUUCAUAUUUUAAUCAUUUCAACUUUUUAAGAUUUGUAUGUUACUUUUUAGUCAGGAAACAUUAUUAUUUUAUUGUUUUGUAUCUUAAACUAAUUAUGAAUCAGAAACAAAAUAACUUUCAUUGUAAUUUUAACAAACUGAUGAAAAAAUCCCAGAAUUAAAAAAGAUCAGAGCUUCUUGUAGUACUUUGUGCAUGUACAUGUAUUUUCUCUCUCC